AUGGUGGUAGGACUGAAUAUCGACAGUGAUGAGACAGGCUGUAGGGAGGAGUCCACCUGUGUGAUUUCAGCUAAGAAAGCUGCAGACGGGUCGGUCAUCCCUAACGGCUACUGUGACUUCUGCCUGGGCGGCUCCAAGAAGACUGGCUGUCCCGAGGACCUCAUCUCCUGUGCCGACUGUGGACGCUCAGGUCACCCGUCCUGCCUGCAGUUCACAGUCAACAUGACGGCAGCAGUACGGACCUACCGCUGGCAGUGUAUCGAGUGCAAGUCCUGCAGCUUGUGUGGCACCUCCGAGAAUGACGAUCAGUUACUAUUCUGUGAUGAUUGUGACAGAGGCUACCAUAUGUACUGCCUGAGCCCCCCUAUGGCRGAGCCCCCAGAGGGGAGCUGGAGUUGCCAUCUGUGUCUGCGGCAGCUUAAAGAGAAGGCCUCGGCCUACAUCACCCUGACCUAAUCUACCACAUUACCCACCACCCCCCCUAAACAUAACAACUGGACCAACUCUGAGAAGACACCCCCAACGCCCUGCAGUUUUUCCUCCUCUAUGAACGACAACAGACGUCCAUCUCUCCUGUCGUCAGGUCUCCCCGCCCCAGCUGUUUUAACAUCAAUGGAAGCACCUACUUCCCAGGGUGCACCAUGCUCCAUCCAGGUCUCCCCCAGUCUGUCCCUGCUGAGUCCCAGCCACCUGCCGCUGGAGUCCCCUCCACCUCUGGCCCAGGACGAACCACCUUCUACCCCAGCAGCAUCAGGGAGAGCAUCUGAUCAUCAAUAGUCUAACUGGCCCUUCACCAUCUGUCUCCGAAGAUCCGUUUAUCAGCAGCCCACAAGGGCACUUUCUCCCCUGUGAAGGGUCCUUAGAGGAGCCCUAACGAGCAUCAGCUGCCACUGUGGCCCUAUACUCCCAUAGCUUGGCCGUGGCCCUGGCAGUGGAGUACACACGKAGAGGGAGAGGCAGGCCGUAGUGACGCCUAGACACCUCGUUAGGUUUAAAGCAGCUGCAGCCCCGCCCCAUUCCUCCCACAUGGCGCCUCCACUCAAAGCCUUUGACGGUGAAGUACUCUGGGAUUGAUACCAUCGCCCAGAGCUAUUGUGGCUUGAUGACAUUUACAGAGGAGAGGGAKUGAAGAGGUUGUCACUCUGCCAUCAGCCACUUAGAUCAAAUUGUGUGUCCAAAAAAAGAAUGAAUUAGAGCAAACGUUUUCCCCAACUAUGAACUUCUUGUUACCUUCAUUUCCUUAAAAAAAAAAAAACUGAAAAAGCCAACAUGAGACUGCUAUGACUUUGGUGGAGCUUGGUGUAUUUUGGCUGUGUGUGUAGCAAGAAUGUAGAUAUGUUUUAAGUGUGGACAAUGCAGAUUUUAAUGUCUGGCCUUGUCAAAAAUACAGGGCCCAAACGUCAUUUUUCUUAUUUUUUUUUAAACGUUAUUUGCAUGGUGUUAACAUUAUAGUUUUUAAAGAUAUUUUAAGGAUAAAAUGUAUUGAAGAAAGCACACUUAAUUCGCAAUAAUGUGUUUGUGACCCAUUUGGGUAAAGUUGAGUGUGUGUGUGUGUGUGUGUGUGUCCAUCUGUAUGUGUGUGUGUGUGUGUGAGGGUAAAUGUGCCCUCCUAAAACUGUGUGGAAGUGAGAGCCAACCGUAGCCAACCAGGUGCUAGGCAGGACCUAUGGCAGUGUCGGGGAGCAGGAAGGGGAGGGGCUUCUGAUGAUUCUGAUUCCUAGAAACACCACCAUGACUUACUGUAUUAUGUUUUCUGUUGGACCAAACGAAUUCAAGCCAGCUUGCGCAGUUUCUCUCUUCCCGAGCCCUUGUUUUUUCUCGAAGGAUAACUCAUUUUUGUGAAAAGUCAUCAAAACUAGUAGAAUGAGCGCUUUACUAUCUGCAAGACUGCUUUGCGUGCUAGGACCUUGUAAUAUAAUGUGCUUUCAAAGAGUAAGCUAAAAGCAGAGGACUUCUACUAACUGGGACGCCAGCAUGUGUUUGUGAGCUUGCACUGAGACAAGUAUUUUUUUCAACCCAAAGUCCCCUCCCCCARUGGCCUAUCUGACUGGACUAUUGCAUCACGCUGCAACUUUGAUUGGUCCAAUGAUUCCUCUUCCUAGAGCUUUAAGUUGGGAGGYAUUUUGCUGUACAUAGAUUGUCACUCUCUCCGUCUAUCAAAAAGACUAAUUGCAAUUUCAUAAUUCACCGUCUCUCAGUGCACAUCGAAAUAUGAACUCAAAAAUACAAUUUCUGUCUAUUUUAAUGCACUUAAAAGUGGUUAUCAUAUUUGCCUCCAUAGUUGGAAUGUCUCUACUCUUCAAAUGUAUGUGUUUAUAUUCUACUAUGGUAUGAUCCAACACACACAGCCAUGUUGGGGAAAAGGUUACUACCUUCGCUACCCAAAAUGUAUGUACCAUAAUUUUAGCCAUGUGAUACCAGAAAUCAUCUCAAUUUCAUAUUUUGAUAUCUACUUUAUUUAUUUUUCUCGAAUAACUAGGGAUGUUUUUACCUCUUCUCUCUCAGAAUUGUUCUCUUAUUUGUUUUUGUUGGUGUUUUUGUACUUCAAACAUUUUGCACAGUGUGUUUGUUUGGCAUGUGUGUGUACGUGUGUGUGUCUAUGUGUGUGUGAGAGAGAGAGAGAGAGAGAGGGGGAGACACACAGGCAGACUUAAAGGCGCUGUCUGUCUGUGGGUCUGUUCCAAAUUACACCCUUUCCUCUUUGUAGUGCACUACUUUGAACAGUGGCCAUAGGGCUCUGGUGGAAAAAUAGUGCACCACAUAGGGAAUAGGGUCCCAUUUGGUAUGCACACAGUGUCUCUUUAAUCUAAUAAUGAGGUCAUAGAAAAACAAACAAACAGUCAGUCGACGGUUAUUAUUUUUCAAACUUCCUCUCCAUGACACAAGCUGCAUGCCGAUACAUCCAAGACUACAGUUAACACUAGUGUACUGUGUUAGAAUGGGUACUGCUGAGGCCUCAGUCCUUGUUACUGUAGUUGGCCCYGAAUGACAGUAGCCUGAUCCCAGAUCUGUUUGUGCUGUCGCAUGACAAUGACCCUUAGAGUUGGCAAGACAGCACACAGAUCUAGGAUCGGCCAGAGUGACAGAAUGUCAUUCUACUGACUGUCAGUAGAAUGUGUCAUGAUAGAUUGUCCUUUUAAUGGACAGACUCCUCAAAAGACAAUGUGAAAACCUUCACAACAUUACUGUUUCAUCCUUUUAUUUAAGUUUCCCACCAAUAUCCAAUCAGAGUUGUGUUCAGAGCCGGUACUGAGGUAAUAGCCAGGGGAUGACAUGUGAUUCUGUGUGGGUGAGGUGAACUGAUUUCAAAGUGUUUACUGAUAAUAAGCCUUUACUUCUGAAUUUAUUCCUGGCACUUAUGAGGAUGUGGUGGUCAAACUACAUUGAUUGUACUAUCUGAGAAGAUGCAGUUGCAGAAAGAGGAGUGACUCAAGCUCAGAUAUGACCUUUGACCCCCCCCCCCCCUCCCCCCAUCUUUAGACUGGGGGUGGGAUCAGAAGGGAGAGAAGAUUAUUGUCCAGUCCUCAAACGAAGCAGGAUUUUGGCCCUCUUGUAAAUUGUCGUGCUGUGAUCUUGCUUGCACUUUUUAUUACCCAAAUAAGAAAUUCCUGUGUGAGUGUGUGCACAUUUUCCUUUCUUGUAACUGUCUGUUGGAAAAAAAAGAAACACUGGAUAAAAUGAAUUUGUUAGUAUUUACCCUGAUGGAGAUCAAAUCUUCCUGGACAUGUGGGUUGUUUUCUCCUACCUACCUGGGAACGCUUUGAAAUAUUGACUGCAACUGCAUAGCUGUCAUUCAUUCACUGUAAAUUCAUCUUGUCUUUCUCGAGGCACCCAAUUUUUCCAAAUUUUUCUCUCCUGACUUCUUUUUUCAUUUACAAACAAUCAUAAAUAAAAGUUGUAACUCCUGAAA